CUAAAGCAAAAUAUGUGACUGUUACAAAACUUGAAUGUUAAAGUGUUAUGGCAGAUCCUUUGAUGCUACUUUCUCUUCAACCUCCUCCUCUGCCUUUUCUGAUAUUUUCUUCUUCUUAUUCUUCUCUUCACCGUCGAUGGGGUUUGUCUCGGAGUGGGAUUAGAUUCUCUGUUUCUGAGUUUCGUUUGUCUUCUCAACUACAAUUGGCUAAUUCUACUUCACCUUCGCAGUCUUCUUCUACUGCUCCGGAGAAGUUUGAUCUCGUGUCUACAACUCAGCUCAAGGAUGGAAGCCAGGUCUUUCGAUUCGGAGAUGCAAGUGAGGUUGAGAGGUAUCGUGAAACUGAAGAAAAAGCGAGAUGCUUAGAGCUAGAGAGGAAGCAACAUGCUGAGAUAGAAGAGGAAGAAGCCAGUGAAGGAGUGAGAGAUGGAGGACAUGCAUUGGCCGAUCUAGAUCCUGUUUCUGAACUGGAGUCUCUCAAGGAAAAAUCUGUUGUGAAGAUAAAACCGGUGAAGUCUAGUACUGAAACAGUAUCUGAGAAAGAGUAUGGAGCUCCUCCUCCUGCCCGUCUCAGCAGUGUGAUCAAAAUUAAGGAUCGUAAAAGGGUUCGUUCUCCUGCUAAGAAAAAGAAAGAAACGCCAAUUCCAGUUACUGUUUCGGGGAGUGAAGAUGAAGCUGAAGCUAAAAUUGCUAGUGUUUCUAAUCUGAACUCUAUAGUUAGUGUAGCAGAAGUUAUUCCUACUAGCGCUACUGAAGAAAAGACCAAUGAGAAUGUAGAGCCACUUUCUUCUCAAGUCAUGGAGAAAGUCUCAGUGAAUGAAAUAAGAGGAGACUGUGAGACAAAUGGUUAUCAACAACUCACUGAGAGUCGUGUGGAGGAGCAAGCAACACCAAUAUCAUCUAGUUCACAACAUGGCUCGCAGUUGAAUGAUCUCAAGGAAGUUGCUCAUGUUUCUACCACUGAACUUGAUGACAGUUUGGAAGAGAGGAAAAAACUGAUGAAGACUUUUGAAGCUGAAGAAAAUCUUGUCGUUGAACCAGCAGCUACAGUUGAACUUGAUGUGUCUCCUGAUGGACUAGUUGUUGUGUCUCCUGAGGAAAAUCUUGUCGUUGAACCAACAGCUACAGUUGAUGUGUCUCCUGAUGAACUAGUUGUUGUGUCUCCUGAGGAAAAUCUUGUCGUUGAACCAACAGCUACAGUUUCUGUGUCUCCUGAUGAACUAGUUGUUGUGUCUCCUGAUGAAAAUCUUGUCGUUGAACCAAUAGCUACAGUUUAUGUGUCCCCUGGUGAACUAAUUUCAACUUCCGAAGCAACAAAUCACAGCAUUGAGGAGACUGCUGAAACGCCUGUGGUUGAUACGUCUGAAAUGGCAAAUGACGGAGAAAAUGGGACUUCAACCAUAGAAGAUGAAGUAGCUGUGAUUGACAGUAAAAAUGAUAAUGGUAGCAUAUCUAAAACUGUCAAUGACACAAAUGACGAAAAUCUCCAACUUCCUGAACCUGAAACAGCUAGUCUUCAACCCAUUGAAGUGGUUUCAGUCAGGGAAGAGCUUGUGUCCAAAGCAUUUUACUUGGAAUCUGGUUCUGCUUCACUCCAAAACCCCUUUAAGGCAUUGGCAGGUAGGGAAGAUGCUUAUUUUAUCUCUGAGAACAACAACUGGCUAGGUGUUGCAGACGGAGUCUCUCAGUGGUCUUUUGAAGAAAUCAAUGAGGGGAUGCAUGCUCAAGAACUCAUGAGCAACUGUGAAAAGAUUAUCUCUGAUGAAACUGCAGAGAUAUGUGAUCCAGUUCAAGUUCUUCAUAGAAGUGUCAAUGAGACUAAGUCAUCUGGAUCAUCCACAGCCUUGGUUGCUCAUCUUAGCAAUAAUGAACUCCACAUUGCCAAUAUUGGAGACUCAGGAUUCAUUCUCAUCAGGAACAGAACAAUAUUGCAGAAGUCAGCUCCUAUGUUUCAUCAUUUUUGUUUUCCCUUGCACGUUACACGAGGCGAUGAUGUCCUAAAACUUGCAGAGGUUUACAAUGUGAAUGUGGAAGAGGGUGAUGUUAUCCUUACAGCAACUGAUGGCCUCUUUGACAACUUGUAUGAGAAAGAGAUCGUUUCAAUUGUUUGCAGGUUACUGGAACAGGGUUUGGAACCUCAGCAGAGAAUAGCAGAGUUGAUAGCUGCAAAGGCACAAGAGGUGGGAAGAUCUAAGACGGAGAGAACGCCAUUUUCAGACGCAGCUAAAGAAGAAGGACAUGAUGGAUACAGAGGUGGUAAACUAGAUGCUGUUACUGUCAUCGUUUCACUUGUAAAAACUGUAUCUAGCUAAGUAGUAAGUAUGCAAUCUUCCUCCCCCACUGUAAAUAAAGAGAGUGAUAUUAUAAUACACAUCACCUUGUUGGUUUCUCUAUUCUUUAAUUGAAACGAUGUAUAAUCAAGUAAA